UGAAAAAAGAGCCCGAGCAAAACAAGGAAGUGACUGCGGCUGCGUGUGCCGAGUGACAGCGGAGCGGCGCCGACGAGCCGGAGCUGUGUGCACGCGUCUCUAGCCAGGAUCCCGAGAGCCCACCGGCCCCCGCACCCCCCCCUUCCCCCGCAGGCAGAGCGGACAACGGCGGCGGAAGAGUGAGCCGGAGCGGAGCGGAGCGGCGCGGGGGACGGGAUGAGCGCCGCCGGCGGCCCGAUGAAGGCCCGCGAUGACGAGGAGCUGCCGCAGAACGACGGCACGUGCGACGCCUGCGAACCGGACGAGGCCGAACCGGCUGCCCAGCUGUGCCGCCCCUGCGGAUUCGCCUUCUGCGCCGAGCACGCGGACCGGCACCGGCACAGCACACGCCACAUGCUGGAGCCCUACCUGCAGGACGACGGGGGCGAGGGAGAAGAGGUGGGCGGGGCCCACGAGGCAGAAGUGGGUGUGGCCCAGGGGGCAGCAGCAGGUGGGGACGAAGCCCAGGACAACGGUAGGCACAGGGACGCCGUGACAGUAGAACGACUGCGCUGCAAAGAGCACGGCCAGGAAGGGUCGCUGUACUGCAGGCCGGACGAGAGGAUCAUCUGCGUGGUGUGCGCCGUGCAGGGAGAGCACCGGGGUCACGAGAUCAUCACCCUGCGGGAGGCCUACCUGUGGCAGAAGAGCAAGGCCGGGGUGGACCUGCUGAGCAGCACCCAGGAGAUGGCGGAGAAGAUCAAGUCCAAAUGGACCAGUUCUGAAUUGAGCACGGAGCAGCUGGAGGAGUACGUGAACCAGCAGUUCGACGAGCUGCACCGCCUCGUGCGCCUCGAGGAGCAGCGGACGCUGCACCUGGUGGACCUGAAGGAGGCCUUCCUGACGGCGCAGGCCGCCGAGAAGAUCGCGGAGAUCACGGUGCACACGGAGCGCCUGCAGGAGGAGAUGGCCGCCAUCACUCAGCAGCUGGGAGCCCUGGACCAGGCAGGGGAGGCCAACCCCAGACAGGGAGCUGCGCCGGACGUUGAACCGACGCCAAGACCGGAACCGAGACGAGAGCCGCCCAGGGACUACGGAGAAGGCGGGGCCGGUUCCUUCAUGGGCCACGCCCCUUGAGCCAAAGUGAGCUCCGCCCCCUUUUCCUACCUCAUCCCGGGUCAGGAGGGCUGGAAGAACCUGGGACACGGACAUCAGACGCUUCAGACACCGGGCGCCUUUCUCAUUUUUAUUGCGCUCCUCAGUUUGAAGGCAGCCUUUCGGUGGAGAAGGAAUACAAAGCAGAGCCACUCGACAUUCAGCUGCUUCACCUGAGUCGCUGAAAUUAGCAGGUUUCAAAAACCGAGUGUAAUUUCCGCUGUCUGCCUCAUUUCUUUUCUCAUCUCCGACCGACUUCUGUAGCGCAGCCUUAUUCUGGCCCCAAGGCACUUCUCCAUUUACGCACAAGUGUCUUCGGUCCAGAAUUCACAAUACAGAGCACCUUUGAUGUAAAAAGGACAGAAAUUGUCCCGGUUCUGACCACAUAACACGUGGGCUUUGUCUUUGUGCUUCUGGGGGAGCUUAGCCUGCGACCCAGCAUCCAUCCCUUGGAUGGACCUUCAAAAACCCAGCAUGCGAGUGGCUCCUCUUCACUUCUGCUGAUACGGUUCCCACGGUCACUUCGGAUACUUCCAGAACACACCAUCCCUGGUGGGGGGGGGGGGGGGGGGGGGCACAAGCGGGCCCAUUAAUUAACUCCAGUGUUUGGAGUCCGGCUUUUCAUCGGGACCCCUUUCCCGGGCGCUUUGCUCUCCGAUACCGGAUCUCUCUCCAGCUGUAAAGGCAUAAAUUCUCUCAUGGUUACAGUUAUGUUGAUUGCUGGAUUUUUUUGUGACAUAAAACAUGACUGUAAUUUCUAAUAUGUGUUUUAAAACUUGCCUUAACUUGCUGGUGGUGCCCCACGGCAUUGUGGGAGCCACACUGCGGCAUCUUGAUCGCGGCGGUCUGUGAUGCCGACCGCGCGCCGACGUCUCGGAUUCACCUUCCUUUCAAUUUUAACGAAAGGGAAAUUAUUUGUGCGUCUGGAGCAAAUCUGAAGGUGUCGCUCAGAGGUGCAUUUUUAUUUUUUUAAGAGGCUAAAAUUUCCUGCAAAAAGAACGAGCGAUGAAACGAUUUUUUUUCUAAUGUGACAUUUUAAGCCAAGUUGUUUUUUUACUGCAAGAGUUAAAACUUCUCACUUGCCAUCAUGUGUCUA